GGUCGAACAGUUUUGAAAUCUCCUGCGUUUGAAGUCUUCGCGGGUAGAUUAAUCAGUGGCUGAUAAUGAACGAAGUGAAGCAAGUUUGGACGUCUUUGAGAUCACCGAGAACCUCAACGACCCUGAUAAAUAAUACCAACUCAAAUACGACUUGGUACGACGUUCCGGCACCUGUUAUAAUACACAAUAGAGACUUCUGUGAAGACACGAGUGCCAUCGGUACGAGUUCUGAGAGGAACAAAGUCGAGACAACUCCUUGCGAAUUGUCAAGGAUGGAUGAGGUGUCGAAGAAGCAUAAUAUGCAGCAAAAUAAGAUGGUGCAAGAUGAAGUCUUGUAUCAGAAUAAUGUUGAAGCAGCUUUGAAUAGCCUGAGUAAGAUAUGCGUAGAGCCGUUGAAGGCUGAGAUGGAUCUUGAUAUGAGUACUGAUAACAGUGAGAAAGAGGCUAGUCCUGGACUCAAUUCGGAAACUGAGGAAUCUAAUCAGAGAAGAAGACACAGUUCCAGCGUAGAGAUCGCAGCUACGAGUUCAUUGACUAUCGGAGAGGAUGGGAUGCCGAGUAUUAGUUUCAGCUUCUUGCAAACUGAGGAUAGCACGAAGGUCAUCGAGGCGAAGGAUAAGGUCGUAAAGGACGAAGAGAAGGAAAAGGUCGAAGCAGGAAUUCAGGAUCAGUUGUAUGACUUCCCUAAGAGUCCAACUGUCGAAGCCAUCAACGUCACAGGCAGUUCAGCUGAUACGAAGCGACGUAAGGAUGAUGAUAAUAUUGAUGAGAAAAAUACGAUCGAAGAUGAUCUGUACGAUGUACCAAAGUCUGCUAAGGAAACAAAUGAUUCUGUUACCAAAGAUAGCGAAACUAUAGAGUCCUUUAAGGAGGAUGAUUUAAAUUUACCUAGUUCCGAGAGGAAGAAUGACAGCAAGCGUUCCUCCAGGUCACUGAAGUCAUCGAGAAGCAUGAGGGUCGCGGAAUCCGACAUGACUGAGACUCUUGGAAUAGCGUCAGGAUCUUAUUCCGAUCCGGAAUGUCCAGAAGGUCUGUCAUCCCGUCAUAGUAAACGCUUGAAACGUCAGAAACGUCGACUGGGCAAAGCGUGGGGGAAAAUGCGAAGUUGGCUUAGAGACGAGAAGUCCAGAUUCGGUGAAGUAGUUGCGAGACACGCUAGGUUACAGGCUGUGGGCGCCUUGCAGUCUGAUCAAGAGGAAUAUACCAGAGGUCAAUGUGGGUCCUAUGACCUUACCAAAGAACGUAGCUUAAACUUAGGCUCGAUCACUCGAGUCGAGGAGUUUGGAUUAUCUUCAGUGUCCGAGGAAGGCAACGUGUCCGAUACGGAACGACCGUCCAGUUCCUUCGAGCAUAGCGGGAAGUCUUCCGAGCUGAAUAAGGAAGACGUGGAAAAGAUAGAGCACGGAAAUGGAAAUUUAAGAAAGAAGACUGUCAGUUCUGAGAAUAUAUUAGGAAGUGCAAAAAUCAAAUUCGCUCCGGUCUCGUUCAGCAUGGAUAAAUUGUGUUCCGACGGGGAGAAUGAGGACGCCAGACAAGAGGCUGAGGGCGAGACUCGAGACGCUGCUGGGAAAGGCGGCCUAAUUAAGAGAAGAAUGCUCGGGUCAAUCAGGGGGUUAAUGGCUUCUACUCAUCUGAUCCAACCUCAUGAGAUCGAAGAGGGUGGUCAGGGCGGAUUCGAGGAAGUUCGAAGAUACGUCAAGCAGGGUGGUGACUUCUGCAAGGAACUCGCUGCUAUCUUACACGAGAGAGCUGAACUUGAAGCUACCUAUGCCAAGGGUCUCAGCAAACUCAGCGGUAAGCUGACCAAAGCCUGUUCAAAGGAUCAAGGUGGAAAUAGUGCAGGCGGCGUAAAUGAGGCUUGGCGAUGCGUCGGAGAGGAAAUGGAAGCUGCAGCUGAAGCUCACAGAGUGUUAGGAGUGGCUCUCGGCGAACAACUGGCUAAACCGUUACGAGUCGGUGUCGCAGAAGCACAAGGGCGCUCAAGAAAAGUUAUUGAGAAUUCCGUAGACAAGGCUUCAAAAUCUUUACAAGAGUGGAGAAGCAUUGCUGCCAAGAGUAAAAAACAGAGCUUCGCAUGUGCAAGGGAAAAUGAGAGACUCCAGGAUCUGGCGAGGAUACAGUCAAUCAGUCAGGGUCAGCAGAAUAAUAACAAAUCUUCAAAUCAUCAUAUGACAGAGAAGGAGGCAAAUAAGCUUGAAACUAGAAGAAGAAAAGCAGAGGACUCCUCGAGGAGAGCAGAUACCGAGUUCUACACGAUUAGCGUGAGAGCCGAAAGAGCCAGGCUAGAGUAUGAGAGCACAGUACGAAAAGGUGCUAAGCAAAUGGAAUUAUUAGAAGAAGAGCGACUAAGUGCAUUGAAGGAUUUGGCCAAUGUCUACUUAGCACAUUUGCAGGCACUUGCGCCACGUCUUCAGCAGUUUCUAUUCAUUCGUAUCUUACAGAGCGCUGACAGACUGUCUACUCCUGUACGAAAUUGCAAUGUCUCCCAGGAUGUGGAAAUCCUGAAAAACCUGAUUCGCAGAUUGGAUAAUAACGACUCAUCGAACGCGGAACAACUUUUGCCUGACUUCUACGCGGAGCAUGUGACCCUGGCAAUGAAUAGGGAGAGACGAAAACAGGCGCUAGUGAGAGUGCUUCACUUGAUAAGACAGGACUUAGAAAGAGAGCGGCGGGGUCGUGAAGGCUUGGAAACUUUGCACAGGGCUUUUAUAAAGACACCUGCCUUUGCGGCCGACGAGAGCACGCAGAACGUUACGGAUAAAUUGCAUCAUAUGCGCUCCAUGUUAACAUAUUUGGAAGCUGCUCGCUACAAAGUAGGCGGCACACUUGCUGAAAUAGAAGGUAGCCAACGGGGAAAGCAUCCUUUGGCAGAGCAUAUUCUGGUGUCUAGAGACAAGCAAGGUCUACAGCAAAGUGUCCUCAAGGUUCCUUCAUGGGCGAAGAACGAGUCAUUCGAAACUCAGGAGGGUCAGGAUGAACUUGAUGUUCACCUAACAAAAGAUCGUGAAAAUGUUAAUCGCGACUGGGUGGAUAGAACAGCAGGUGAUGGUAAUUCUGAAAAUCCUCCAGAGGAAGAGGACUUUAGUGACUUCGAUGAGUUCAGCAGCCACUCCGAGGACAAUAAUAACCAGGAAAUAGAUACUUCGGAGAUAUCGACGAAAAAUGAUACGAGCGAACAGUGCAGAGCCAUGUAUCAGUAUUCGGCCAAUUUAAAUGAUGAGCUGAGCCUAAAUCCUGGUGACUUGAUAACCAUUCACGAGAAACAGGCUGAUGGCUGGUGGAUCGGUGAGUGCAGAGGACGUACUGGUAUAUUCCCAGCUACAUACGUUCAAGUGAUUCACUAGAUCAUAUGAUCCAGAUGAUAUCUAAUGUAUCGAUCGUUUCAAGUAUUGAAAAAUAGGCGAUGCAUUUUACUGUGGAUGCACAAGAGACAGUGAAUAGGUAUGCAAAUGUCAAGUGCACAGAAUAAUCUAAUGAAGGUCGAUGGACAUAUAAUCGGUUCCAAACUACUGAACGACUGUCGUUAUGAAAAAUUUUUAAAUUAUUAUCAAGGAAACGUGUUUUGAUGGAAAUCUGAACUUUAUAUGAAAUUUUAUAAUGUGAUUACUUAUACUUUCUAAAACUGUUCAGACUGGCUAAUGUCGAUGGCAUCGUAAAGCUAGUCUAAACUAGACCACGGCUAGUUUUGAUUAGUCAGGCAAACAAUCUGGGAAUUGGGAUAGCCGUUCGAUGCUUCGAUCAUUAUGAAUUUGAAUGAACGCCGUUGUUCCACUUCCUGAGAAUGUGAAACGUGCACGACGUUAGGUGGGCGCAUACUUAGUAUUUUCGAUAAAUGAUUUUUUUUUUCGAAUCCCAGGUUACUAUAAGCUUUCUUAUUUAUUGAGAGAUAUUUAAUUGUCAUAAACUACGGCCUUUCUUAGUUAAAUCGCAUCGCAUCGCAUCGCCAUUGUUCAUGGGUGUUUUGGACGUUUUCCCAUAAGAAAAUUAAAAGCAUAAAAUGUCACAAUGGUAUUUCUCGUUUGGCGAGUGUAAUUUAACUGUGAAAUAAGUGACGAUACGACCAAAUAAUGCAUAUUGUAUAUAACAUUGCGUCAAGGGUGUUCAAUUGUAAAUAUCAGCGUAGAACAUAAUAACGUUUAAUUAUUUAAAAGACAUUUUACAGCAUUAAGAUAAUAAAAGCAUUUAUUUACUUAGA